GAGAAAGGAGGCGUAUAUUACGUAGUUUCCCUUAAAGGGUACACACCAGGUGAGGUCAAACGUCGUGUGCAGAAAAGGGAAGCAUUGUUGACAGGUGCGCGGAAUUAUACAGGAAGAAAUGGCUUCCAAAGCAGUUUUGUGCGAGAGCCUCCUCGUCUGGUUACAGACCUUCAAUACUCCUUCACCAUGCAGGACUGUAGAGGACCUGACUUCAGGUGUGGCUGUAUCGCAGGCCCUCCAUCAGAUAGAUCCAGUGUGGUUCAGUGAGAACUGGCUGGGUCGCAUUAAAGACGACGUGACUGACAACUGGAGGUUAAAGAUGAACAACCUUAAAAAGAUUCUUCAAAUGGUGGUGGAUUACUAUAAUGAAGUUUUGAUGCAGCAGAUUUCUGAUUUCCCACUACCGGACCUGGCCCUGUUGGCAGAACGCUCUGACCCAGUAGAGCUGGGUCGCCUUUUACAGCUGAUUCUUGGUUGUGCUGUUAAAUGUGAACGAAAACAAGAAUACAUCAAGAUCAUAAUGACCUUGGAGGAGUCGGUUCAACACGUUGUGAUGACAGCUAUUCAAGAGCUUAUGAGUAAAGAGAACAUUUCACAUUUUGGAGCAGACACCCUGGUGGACAUUGAGCAACAGUUGAAGAAAGCAUUGGAGGAUCUGUCGGAACUUGCGGCAGAAAAGGAGGAGCUGGCUCAGAGGUGUCUGGAGCUGGAUGCACAGGUGGCUAUGCUUCAGGAGGAGAGGAACAGCCUGCUGGCAGAAAAUGAUGUGCUAACAGACAGGGCCAGCCAGCUGGACUCCUUUGAUGACCCCAACACCCCAUCGGGGAAGAAGCACUGGCAGCUUCAGCUGCAGCUUGAGCAGCUACAAGAGGAGAACUUCAGGCUUGAGGCUGCGAAAGAUGACUACCGCAUCCACUGUGAGGAACUGGAAAAGCAGCUUGUCGAGAUGCAGCACCGCAAUGAUGAGCUUACCAGCCUAGCGGAAGAAGCCCGUUCGCUCAAGGAUGAGCUAGACAUUUUGAGGAGCUGUUCAGAUCGGGCCGUGAAGUUGGAGGCCUCAGUGGAGACCUACAGGAAGAAGCUGGAGGACCUGGGUGACCUGCGGCGGCAGGUUAAGGUUCUGGAGGAAAAGAGCAUGACCUAUAUGCAAAACACUGUGAGCCUGGAGGAGGAGCUGCGCAAAGCCAAUGCAUCACGUGCCCAGCUGGAGAUGUACAAAAGACAGGUCCAGGAGUUGCACAGGAAGUUGUCCGAGGAGACUCGGAGGGCUGAUAAUUUGGCAUUUGAAAUGAAGAAGUUUGAAGAGAAGCUGGAAACUGUGAUAAAGGAGAAGGAGAGGAUAAUCAUUGAGCGGGACUCCUUAAAGGAGACCAAUGAGGAGCUGCGAUGCACACAGGCACAGCAGGACCAGCUCUUACAAGCAGGAAUUUUUCGUGCUGGAGAUGCAAGCCAUGAUAAUCUCGCAGCUGAGAUGUUACCUAUAGAGUUCAGGGAGAAGUUCAUUCGGCUCCAGCAUGAGAAUAAGAUGCUGCGUCUGGAGAGAGAGGGCUCUGAGAACGAGCGCAUUGCUGAGCUGCAGGCCCUGUUAGAGGAGGCCCACCGUCAUAGGAGUGAGCUGGACACAGAGAACAGGUUGAACCGAGAAAGGAUCACUGAGCUGCAGCUUCAGGUGGAAGAUCUCCAGAAGGCCCUGCAGGGUCAGGGGUCUAAAGCUGAAGAUUCUCAUCUGAAGAAAAAACUAGAUGCUCAUAUGGUGCAGCUGAACCAGGCACAGGAUGAAAUAAUGAAGAAAAAGGAGCUUAUUGAAGACCUGCAACCAGACAGUGCCCAGACUACUCUGAAAAUUGAUGAGCUGCUUGCUGCCCUGAAGAAGAAAGAUGAAGACAUGAGAGCAAUGGAAGACCGCUACAAAAUGUACUUGGAAAAAGCCCGCAAUGUUAUUAGGGCUCUGGAUCCAAAACUGAACCCAGCCACAGCUGAAAUUCAGUCCCUGAAAAACCAGCUUGCGGAAAAAGACAAGAGAAUCUUCAGCCUCGAGCGUGAAUGUGAACAAGCAAAACUCCGGGAAUAUGAGGAGAAACUGAUUGUGACAGCAUGGUAUAACAAGAGCUUGAAUUUUCAGAAAAUGGCCAUUGAGUCCCGGCUGGCAGGACGGUCCAACUCCACAAUGGUGCCCCCAGGUCAGUCCUUCCUAGCACAGCAACGGCAGGUGACCAAUGCCCGCCGCACUCUCUCCAUCAACACGCCAGCAACGUCCUCGAAGUAACAGCAUUUCCCCCACCGCCCUAAAGCGCACAAUCAAGUGACCUUAAGCGCUAUCACUUGCAACCCUUCUAAAGUAACUUCAGAGACGUGCACAUGAGAAGCUCAAAACAAGCACGCAGAGAAAAGUCUGAGCUCUGCCCAAGCACACUGGGCUCAUGAAUCUGGGCUCUGCCAGAGCAGAGGAUUCUCAUGUACACUUGUUGAGUGGUCUAAGUCUCGCAUUGAUGAAGCCUUAUCUUGUCAUAUCAAAUUAAAUUCUCAAUUCCUAAGUCAGGGAGACACUGUCUGUGAAUAUACUGUAUGUUGUAUGCUGGGUAAAUGAAGUUAUGAAAUGCAGAUGUAAAUAUCUCAGAUGUGCAGCUAAGAGUGUCAAGCUUGUUUAUAAAACAAAUGUAAUUAUCUCUGGAAAUUUUUCUUGUGAAGAUAAAUGUAUAAAUAGCCUAUUCAAGUUAAAUUGGUGCUGGACAUCAAAUUUUUCUCCUUUUGCAGUGCUCAGAGUGCAAAAGUUUUAAAGAAUUUCUUAUGUAAAUCAGAAGUAAUUAUUUAACAAACAGAAGCUGUGGGAAUUGGGAUUGUCUUGAAAGAGGUGCUGCAGUCAGACUCUAAUUUGAAAUUCAUUGACGUUAUCUAUUUUGUCUGAAAUUAAAUGUAACCUGAAUACUAAUGCAUGCUCUGCAAUUAUAUAAGAAUGCUUUCUUUUUAAUUUCUUAAUCCUGUUAUAUUUCUAAAGGAAGGACAUGUCAAAGUUGAAAGGGAAAAAAAAAAAAAAGGGGG